AUGCCAUUACAAAAUCCCAGUAUGUUCCAAGGACAAAAGAAAGACGAUUUAUUACCUAAUCAAACAACGACACCUCAUGAUUAUCAAAAACCUACCACUCUGAUGCCUGGUACAACAACAGAUAAUCGACCAGUACAAAGCACACUUACUUAUACACAUUCAAUGCAACCACCACAUCCAAUAUUUUGGGGAGAGUCUGAAAUGGGACUGAAUGGUUUAUUAUCAUCUCAGCCAGCUCCUGAAUAUUGGUGUUUAAUUGCUUACUUUGAAUUUGAUACUCAAGUUGGAGAAAUGUUUAAGGUUACAUCUACUUGCCCUCAUGUCAUUGUUGAUGGUUAUGUUGAUCCCUCUGGAGGUAAUCGAUUUUGUUUGGGUGCCAUCUGUAAUGUUCAAAGGACAGAACAAAGUGAAAGAGUUAGGUUGCAUAUUGGGAAAGGUAUUCAACUAGAUCUGAUUGGAGAAGGAGAUGUUUGGUUAAAAUGUCAAAGUAAUCAAUCAGUUUUUGUGCAGUCAUAUUAUUUAGAUAGAGAAGCUGGCCGAGCACCAGGAGAAGCAGUCCAUAAAAUUUAUCCUCGUGCAUACAUUAAAGUUUUUGAUCUUAGACAGUGUUAUAAGCAAAUGUGUCAACAAGCCGAAACAGCUAAAAGUGCAGCUGCCGCACAAGCAGCAGCAGUUGCAGGACACCUUUCAGGAUCUAAAAUUGUAGAUGGUAUUGCUCCAGUUAUAAGGUUGAAUGCUGCAGCAGGUAUUGGAGUAGACGAUUUAACGAGAUUGUGCAUAUUAAGAUUAAGUUUUGUAAAAGGUUGGGGUCCCAACUAUCCACGAAAUAGCAUUAAAGAGACUCCAUGCUGGAUAGAAAUUCAUUUACAUCGAGCAUUACAACUUUUGGAUGAAGUGUUAAACUCAAUGCAAACAGAUUCAUCAAAAAUGUUGGAGCCAGGAACGAAGCAAUAA